AUGUUAACUGUACAACAUUGUAGAUAUUUAAAUAAAAAUAAGUGUAAUUAUUCGAUUGUAAAUUUAAGAAACCAUUUGAUUGCAACAUCAAAGUUUCCAAAACAUUUAGCAAUUUUAUUGGGACAAGAAGAAAUAUCUAUUACUGAUGUUGUGAGGCUUAUUAGUUGGUGUACAAUAGCAGAAAUUCCUUAUGUUAGCUUUUAUGAUCAUAAAGGUAUUUUACAGAAAAAUGAAACACUUAUUAGGAAAAAAUUUGACGAAUUAGAGCCUCUUCUUGCACGAAAUAUUGAAUGGUCAAAUUUGCCAAGCAAUGAAGUCAGUAAUAGCCAAAGUGUGAGUGACCUAAGUCAUAGUAAAAGUGAUUCAGUUUGUACAAGAGUUAUUAAUGAUGAUGCAACUGAUAUAUUUAAUAAAUAUAAGACAAGAAUUAAAAUAUUUUCGUACAUCGAUGGCAAAGAGAAAAUUGUUAGUUUAACUAAAACUUUAGCAAAAUAUAUUGACUUAAAUAUGCUUCAAGAGAAAGACAUAACGUCAGAAUUACUUAAUAAAGAAUUGAAUUUAUAUGUUAAAAUGCCAGAUCCUGAUAUUGCUAUCGUUUUCGGCAAAAUCCUAUGUACUUAUGGAUUUAUGCCCUGGCAAACUAGAGUAACUGAAUUUUUUGUUAUACCAACUCAUCAUGGUAUAUCAUCCGUUAACUUUAUAGAAACAUUGAUCAAGUUUAGUGAAUGCCGGCAACGCUAUGGGAAGUAAAAAGAUGUAAUUACAACUUCAAUAUGUUCAGUCUUUAUAAAUAUGUAAAUGAGCAACUAGAAUUCAAAUGGGAUAUUAAUUAUUUUGAAAAUUAUACA